CAGUGCUGCGGGGACGUUACUAGAAGCGUGAAGAAUCAAUUGUGGUGCAUUCACGAAGUGUCUGUUGGGAGCGAACUAAUAUGUGCGGAUCGUAGGGAAAGAUUGAGGGAUUCCUACAACCAGGGAAGCGAAGCAGCAGAUCUGCAAGACUACCCCGCAGACCCUCAGGAGGAGAAAAAAAGAGUCUGUAGAAAAAAAACUCGCUUUUUAAAAACUAUGGUGAAUCUCCUCGUCGGCCAUUAGCCUAAAGAAAUGUACCUUUCUUAUUGUAGGCUUUAAUACCAAGUCGUUCCACCUUCUUGCAUUCCAUCCUGUCUGGCUUGCUACGUUAUGGGUGCUUCCAGCUCACAGUCUUUGCAACAUGUGAAAUUUAUAAUGGAUUUGGAACCUAUCCCAGAUGAUGUCCUCCUUGUUAUACUAAGUUUUGUGCCUUCCCGAGACCUGCUGAAGCAAUGCCGACUGGUGAGCAAACGCUGGAAGCAAAUAGUGGACUCCCCUACGCUAUGGAAGAUUAAAUGUCAACACGAGUGGAGAAAACAGGCUUUUAAUAGCGCCCUGAGCAUUCCAAACAUAAACUGGCUAAAAAUGUAUCUGAAAGAGCCUUUUUUACGGAAUCUGAUUCAGAACCCAUGUGGCACUGAUGGGCUAAAUCACUGGAGUUGUAAGCCUGGUGGAGAUGGCUGGAAAAUAGAAGAUAACUAUUUUCCACUGGAAGUGGCAAAUAGCCAAACUAGUUUUGUCACAUCCUUUCGGUGGUGCCAGAAGACUCAGCUUGUAGACUUGUUAAAAGAAGGACUCUGGGAAGAUCUCCUGGACAACCAUCAGCCUGCAAUCUUCAUUUCUGAUUGGUAUGCAGGUCGGCAUGAUUGUGGCUGUGUAUAUGAAAUCAAAGUUCAGUUGCUAGCCGAAGACAGAAAUCAUGUUAUUGAUGAAUUCAGAGCCAGUCCAGACCCAAUCCCGCAAUGGAAUGAUGGAAGUUACCACCAGGUGUCUCAUGUGUUUCAUGGCUAUGGGCCUGGAGUACGGUUCCUGAGUUUCUCACACAAGGGAAAAGAUACACAGUUCUGGAAGGGUUGGUAUGGGUCACGUAUCACCAACUCAUCAGUCAUUGUGAAAAUUGAAAAAUAUGGCUAAAUAAAAGUGAAAACUAUCAUUUGAAUCCAAAAGAAGUUAAAACAUCACCAAAUAAAUAAAUGAAUCUGCAGCAACACAUCCUCAACCUAUACACUUGUUCCCUUCUCCAUUACCUUAUCCAACCUGUGAGUAUUUAUUCUCACUAUAAUAACUAUACCCUUUUUUUGUAUUUGCACCUUAUAAAGCAUUGCAUACAUUUACAGUACAUAUAUUUUUUGGGGGGGGGUAUUGCUAUUAUUUUUUUAUUGCUUGUAAAGAAUAACUGCAAACAAUAAAUAAUAAGAAAACAAGCCAUAAAAAUAAUAACCAAUAAAAUGGAUUUAAUAAAACAUACAUCAUAUUUAAAAAAAAAUGUUUACUUAAACCAUUUACUGUUUCAUGAAGUGUGAAAUUAAUGACUUGAGAGAGUGUUAUUGACUUUGCUUUUUUUAGGAAUGUGCUUUAAAAAGUUGUGUUUCUGGUUACUUUAUUGAAGAUUUCUGCAAAAAC